CCUGGGGAUCUCGAAUCAACGAUGAUAUACCGAAAAUUGAGACCCAAGUGAGACGGUUGACUGUCGGGGCUGUGGAUGGACUGGCAGACAGGGCUGAUUCUGUGAUGACACGGGGUAGAAUGACAGCUCAUUCCGCACCAGUUAGAAAGAUUGAGGAAAGAAUUAACCUGGAGCAUCUUCAUAAACUGAAGCAGUCUUUCGAGAAUGCCGAUUCAGAGAACUCCGGAACUUUGACGCUCGAUCAGUUCAAGUUAGUGAUCCGUAAUUCACUGGGUCUUAGAGGAAAGAAUGAAGAGCAGAUUACAGCAUUAUUUAUGAAGAUUGACUCCAACUCUGCAGGUCACAUAGCAUGGGAUCAGUUUUGUACCUACAUGCAGUUGGAGUACGAAGAGAAAGAAGAUGCGUAUAGGAGACAGAAAGACGUUGAUAUCCACACACCAGCGAGUAUAGAAUACAUGCCACAUAGGGAGCCGGUACUACGCAUUACCAACAUGUCUGAUGGGACAUUCGUAGCGACCAGUCAGGAUGGGACGAUAUCAUUUUGGAGUGGGAACAUGGAACUUAAAAGAACCAGAUCUGUCAUGACUGAGCAAAAUGCAACGAGACAGAAGCCGAAGUGGGUGACAGACUUUGUUUUAAUGCCGCAAUACAACAAGCUUAUCCUAGGAACAGGGGACCGUGAAAUUCAGUUCUACGAGUUGUCAACUUUUGAGCCAUACUGCCAGGUGACUGGACUGGAGACUACACCUCUCAAGAUGGCAUAUUGUUCAACUGGGUAUGAUGAGUGCUUGAUAAUGUAUGGAGAUUCUGAAGGUUGCCUCAAUAUCAUCAUCAUCAAUGGUACAGGAGAAACACUCAGAACUUGGAAGAAGAUGCCCAAGACGGAGGGAAUAGCCAGCGUGACUCUUGAGAAGGUCGCUCAUUCACACUUGACUCGCUUUGUCCGAUGGAAGGUCCACAAUGACUGGGUUGCCGAACUCAGAUACUACGACGAGAUCAGAUCCAUUAUUUCAUGUUCGAAUAACGAGAGCUCGGCUUUGGUAAUAGGAUGCACAACUGGCAGCACGCAUGUGGAAGCUCAACUCAAAGAAAUCAAGGAGCAUUCCAACUUCCCGGAUGCAGCGGACAAGAAACUAAAGAUAGCUCAGCAGAACUACGCCCAUGCUAGGCGGCGACUUGACGCGGACCAGACUACCUUUAGGAUACACAAAGGAGUCAAGGUGUUUGACUUCUGCAAGGAGAAGAAUUUAAUCAUCACCGGUGGAAUGGAUAGGAUUGUGAGAAUGUGGAAUCCGUAUGUACCAAGCAAGCCGACUGGUAUGUUAAGAGGUCACAAUGCUCCAAUCUUCUCCCUCUACAUCGCUGCUGACGAGAAUAGGGUAUACAGUAUAUCUCAGGACAAAACCAUUAAGGUCUGGGACAUCAAGGACCAGGUUUGCAUGUUGACGAUCCGACCCAAGACACACAAGAUUAGAGGAGACUUACAAGCCUGUCAUUAUAAUAGGGUUGCUAAGGGAUUCUGCAUAGCAACAGAUCAGAUGGCUCUACUCAGUCACAGAGCUAAUCGUAUUCAGCAGCAUGGGGAGGUUGUUUACACACACAAGGAACCAGUGCAUUGUGCCAAAUACAACCCUAGCUUUAAACACAUCGUCUCCUGCUCAGAUGGAUCGGUGGUGAAAAUCUGGGACUUUGAGACCGGAAACGCCGUUUUUGAGUUCUCUCAGGCACAUGACAAUAACGCUAUCACCACCAUGACCUUUGACACCUCCAAUCGGAGACUCAUCACCGGAGGGAGGGAUGGUCGACUCAAGAUCUGGAACUAUAACAAUGGCCAUUGUCUAAAGAGGCUGGAGAGAGAGGAUGAUUUUGAUGAGAUAACCGACGUCUGUUACAUCGAGAUGAAUAAGAAUCGAUUCAUCUUAUCUGUUGGGUGGGACAGACACAUCAACAUCUACACAGAUAAUUCAGAGGAUUUCAGACAUGUGCAACGGCCGCUGCCUAAAUGGGCAGAUGAUCUGAGAGAUGGUCACAAGGAAGACAUAUUAUCUGUCGCUGUCUGUUUGCCGAAUCUUCUAGCGACCUCUAGCUAUGACGGUGAGGUCAUCGUGUGGAAUCUUAUAUCAGGUCAUAUCUACUGUCAUCUCAGGUCACCCGUACCAGAGACAUAUGUCUCAGAAGAAUUGGAUGGAGAUAAUAGUAUCUGCAAGCUUCUCUUCAUGUCUUCAAGAAAAGAUAAUAAAAGUGCAGCUCAACUCAUCGCCUCUGGACCCAGAGGUUCUGUCCAUUUUUGGAAUAUUUACAAUGGUGGCGGACUCUUUUCACAGUUCAGCUCGUCUAAGAACAAUAGUGCCCCAGUCACAACAAUGCAACUCUCUGAUGAUGAUACAACGCUGUUUACUGGAGACUCAAGAGGUUUCAUAACAGUGUGGGAUGUUGAGGGGUAUUGUCUGUUCAACAAGGAAGACGAGCCACCAUCGUUGUUGGGAUCAUGGAGAGGGCACAUUGAAAGCAUUACCAGCAUGGAUCUUGUGGAGUCUCAUAAUAUUUUGAUAACUACAUCUCUGGAUUGUACAGUGAGGUUAUGGACAACAGAGGGCCACUAUAUAGGUACCCUAGGGCAGCAGCAACCUUGGGACGUCUACAAUCCCUCCACCUUCGCCCAUCCCAUGGUUCCUUACGACGUCUUAGUGGAUCCAGUCAGCAUGCCCACUCAUCCUAUCUUAAACAUCAAGCUGUCUAACGGUGGGAGCUCCUCGUAUGAUGAGGAGGAUGGGGAUGGGGAUGGGGAGGAGGAAGAAGAAGAGAUCAAGAUGAAGAGUGAUGAGAAGGACGAGAGGAAGAGUGAUGUCAUCAGUGUGACCAACCUGAGCACAAGAUCACAGUUCCACUUUGAUGACGACCAGAUUGCAAAGGAACUCAAACAAAAACCCUUCAAUAAAGGCACUGGUAAAAGGUUAAGACACGAGAAGUUGAAGCCACUUCCAAAGGAUCGAGGUGGUCCCAAUGCCUACCAGAACCUGACAUGUUUUGACCUGGCAGACACCCCGCCAGUCCCUCCCCCGUCCCGAUCUCGGGGUGAAAAGAUGGAUGACCCCUUUGGCUUCCAGUUCUAGGCCUUUAUCUGUCCAAGGCGUAAAUAACGCUACUAUUUACCCGCAUGCAUGAUUAUUCAUGAGUGUUCAUAUAUGAAUAUUCAUAUGCAUGAAUAUUCAUAUGGCAGGUUUGAUGGGCGAACAUUCCCCCCCCCCCCCCCCCCAAUGGCACUGGGGUGUGGCAUACAAGCUUGAUUUAAUCAUCAAAUAACGCAAGCCGCUUUGUUCUAAGAAACUGUAUGGCUGAGUUUUCAUCGGAAUUUGGAGCUGUGAUUUGUGUGUGAGCAGUAAUACCAUUUUGUGAUCCAUAAUGCAACAGGGUUUGUCGUUUUGUUUUGUAUCGGCUAAUGCAUGGUGACUUAUAACUGCAUGCUUGUUUGGUGGAUAUAACUCUGCAGCCAUGUACCCAUCCACAUGGUACGGUUCAAAUUUUGUUGUUUUUUAAAUUAAAAAAAUUAUGAGAGAGAGAGAGAUCGCCUAACAAUGCCAGUGGGCCUUAUGAGAGAGAGAUCGUUAACAAUGCCAGUGGGCCUUAUGAGAGAGAGAUCGUUAUCAAUGCCAGUGGGCCUUAUGAGAGAGAGAUCGUUAACAAUGCCAGUGGGCCUUAUGAGAGAGAGAUCGUUAACAAUGCCAGUGGGCCUUAUGAGAGAGAGAUCGUUAACAAUGCCAGUGGGCCUUAUGAGAGAGAGAUUGUUAACAAUGCCAGUGGGCCUAGUCAAGGUGAGGGCUUUGCUUAACCAAUUUGGGAUGUCAACCCAAAUCAACUGCCACCAGGAGCUCAUGGGCAUAAGGUGUCAUGACCAGGAUUUGAACCCACACCCUUCUUCUGACAAUACCAAAGCUUGGGUCUGGCAAACUAGACCGCUCGACCUCAGAGAGAUUUCAGAAUAUCAUGGUGGUAUUUGUGGGUAAAAUUUAAUUCUAACAUUCUGUUGGCCAUUCUCAGAUUCUGCAUGCUAAGCAAUGGGAGAAACCUAAUCUUAAAUCUCCAUGUUCUUCUAUGCACAUGAUGGAAUUUUCAUCAUGAACCCCAUUCCAAAUAACGACAUCUUUAAAAUGUCCAGCUAUGCAUGAAUACAAAUUUUACAAAAAGAAACAUUUACAGUUGAAGCUGUAUGAAAAUUAUAAGUAAAUUUCUUUCAAGCAUUAGGUGGUUCUUAGAGCCAUGUUGAGUCAACAUAUUUGUUAUAAUAAACUAAAUGUUAUCACGCUGACUGUGACUGUUUCUUUUAAUGUUGAUCUUGUGCCUUAACUAUACAUUUUGUGAUGUUCCAAGCAUGCAUUGGUGGAACUUACCUCAUUUCUAUAUCAACUUUUUGUACAUGUUUAACAUUGCAUGAGAGUUUGUACAUUGUAGAGGUUUUCUCUGUGAAUAAAAACAAACCGUAUUUUUGUAUUUAAAAUAGAAGAGGAAUGAAUAUGAGAGAAAGUUGCAUUAGAUUUUUUUUAAACAAAUCUUAUCCUCUUUAUUUUGUACAUGUUGUACAAUUGUGUAUUUAGUGUGGCGAUAUAUUAUGUACAGUCAAAUUUGCAAUACAGUUUUCAAUCAGCGCAAUUAUGAACUUGUAAAUUUAUGAGAUAAAUGAACAAAUUAAAAGUAGGCCUGGAAUUUUGUACUUGAAGUGAUGGGGCACCAGCCACAACCGCCACCAGGGAAAUGUAAAUUUCUAUUUGAGUUAAGUUUACGAUGGGCACAAAGGCAAAAUAGUUACCGCGGAAGGCUCGGUCCUGUUUGUCUCUGUACUGGCCCACCAUGCCCCGGGUGGGCCAAGUCCCCUGCAUUCUUGUGCUUGGACUCUUGCCCCUUCUUGUCCUCCUCUUUCGUGGGGGCUGGAGCUCCGCUGAGCCCCACGGCACGGUGGCAUUGAUCAUUGGAGUUGUGGGUCAAAACCAGGCCAGAAAUAACACGGUUUUUAAACUAGAGGCUUGAAGAAUUUUAUCCAUAAUUUUGUUUUUAUAUUUGUAACCUCUAAUUUAUGCAUCGAUUUUGUGUAUAUUAUGCAAAGCUACAUUGAACAAAAACAUAAUGGGUGAUGUAUUUUAUUUGUUUUUUGUUUUUUCUUCAUAGAGUCUGUUAGAUAAAUACAUAAUAUUAUUUUAAUUCCAGCAUAUUUGUACAUUCACUGCGAUUUUAUGCCAUAAACAAUAAAUAUAUACUACUUGAAACUUGUUGCAUGGUGUGUUUUUAAAACUGAUUUUGCAUGGUUUUUGUUUUACUUGCUAAACAUUUGAUAAUAACAGAGUUACCAUUGCAUGGCAGAAGAUUUAAGUUUAUAAGAUUUUCUAACCUCUUCUGAAACUAUUUCCAUCAUUUAACAACAAAGGGAGAUAGUCAACAUAGGGCUAGAUAGCUGACUUGGUAGAGCGCCAGCAGGUGAAUCCAGAGGUCGUUGUUCAAAUCCCACUCUAGGAAAGUUUUCUUUGUUCAGCCUCAAAUCAUUAAAAAAAACACCAUACAACUUGGCUGUAAUAGACCCCUUGCUUAUGUCACCAGUUAGGACAUGUGACAUACGCGCCACGCACAACUAGCAACUAAUAAGAGGUCUCAUAACCUCAGUGAGGCACUGUUAUACACUUUUGGGAUCUUUAUGCAAGAGGUCAGCAUUUCUGUACCGAGUUUCAUAAAGCUGCUAAGCACAAGCAGAUACUGCUUAGCAGAAACAGUUUACCUUCCACACUGUUGUUGACUUGUUUCCCACAGUUUUUUUGCUAGGCACUAGGUUCAUGUUUAGCGAUGUAUUUCUUGUCUUAGUGUAGAACACCUUUAUGAAAUUGGCUGGUGCUUAGGAAAAUAACAACAUUUAUUUUGUUUAAUUAGUUCCUUCAGUUGUAAGCUUUGUUAGGGUUCCUGCGCCAGGAGUGUCACCUGUGACAGACAUGGCGCAUUACAAGUUUCCUUUAU